GUCAAAACCACUCCAGCCAUUAGUGUAUUUGAGGAAGCUGCUCAAAGCACUUGGCUCUUGUGUGCUCGCUGGUCUUAUUGCUUUUAAAUUCUUUUGUUGUGGAAACAAUCCAAUCCGUUUGAUUACUGUUCUUAUUGAUUAAUGUACAACACUAGGAUACCUGUCAGAGAGAGAUAAUCUCUGAGUGCACGUUUUGUAGAUUUUCCACUGAUUUAAUAUGUGUAAAUCGUGUAAACAAUGGUCACUCACAUGGACAAGGGAGCUAAUGCAAGCAAACAGAUGCUGCGCAAUCCGCAGCAAGACCAGAUGACUCAUCCGCAUGACUCCAAAUUGACCAAUGAUAUUCCGGAAGACAAACAAGAGGAGAGUACCCGAUCCGAUGCCAAGACUACGACUAGUAAUCAAUCAUCAAACGAGGAAGACUCUGCCACCUCAACCAAGACAUAUAAUAGUCUAGAAGUACCAUCUCAUAUCAAGUAGCAAUAAACACC